UCAUUACCCAGAGCUCCACUGACACGAUAGUACGUCUUCAGCUCCUCCUCUCCGGAUUACUGAAAUACAGACUUGUCGGAUUUGGCGCACUGGUUCUGUGCCGAGCAGUUUUCUAACACCGGGAUUCUGUCCGUUUACAGAAACAAUACAGAGCACAAUGAGGCUGAUCUAUUGCUGCAGUGCUUUGCUGCUGCUCAUCCUUCUGUCCAGAACCUGCCAAGGUGGCAACAUCUUGGUCAUUCCUACUGAAGGCAGCCACUGGAUAAACAUGGAUAUCCUACUUCAAGCUCUGCACUCCAGAGGACACAAUCUAACUAUUGUGCGUUCCAGCAAAAGCUGGUACAUCAAGGAUAAUUCCACAUAUUACAGUACCUACACAGUUCCCGUAGAGAGGGGCUUAGAUAAGGAGUUCAUCACAAGAAUAGUUUCUGAGGUCAUGGAAUUUGAACGGGGAGCUCUUCCCUUGACAAGUUUUCUCCAUUUGACUGUAGGGAUGUUUCGUACAUUUGUUGACGCUCAUGCAGCUGUGGGUGAGUAUGCAUCAGCAAUGCUAGGUGACAGAGCUUUGAUGAGAAAGUUGAACGACACCAAGUUUGACGUGGUCCUCACUGACCCGUGCUGGGGAAGUGGACCCAUUUUGGCCAAAUAUUUGAACCUUCCUUUGGUUUAUAAUGUUCGUUGGUUAAUAGCUGAAGAAGUUCAUCUUGCUAUUGCCCCUUCACCCAUAUCUUAUAUUCCUAUAACUGGUUCUGGUUUAACUGAUAAGAUGACCUUUUUUCAGAGAGUUAAAAAUGUGAUUUCAUAUUUAAAAAACAAGGCACGGAAGUAUUUGAUCAGAGAUGUAUAUCAGAAAAUUUGUGACAAGUAUCUGGGGCCUGAUAAGAAUUUUUUUCAGUUAAUGAUUGAUGCAGACAUUUGGCUGAUGAGAGUGGACUUUGUGUUUGAGUUCCCUCGUCCCACAAUGCCUAAUGUUGUGUACAUAGGAGGGUUCCAGUGUAAACCUCCAAAACCUCUGUCUCAACACUUGGAGGAGUUUGUGCAGAGUUCUGGAGAGCAUGGAGUCAUCAUCAUGUCUCUGGGGACUUUUGUGAAUGAACUACCUGCUGACAUGGCAAAUGAGAUCGCUGCAGCUUUUGCUAAACUUCCUCAAAAAGUUAUAUGGAGUUAUAAAGGCCGCAAACCAGACACUCUGGCCAACAACACUUUAAUUGUGAACUGGAUGCCUCAGAACGACCUUCUAGGACAUCCUAAAGUAAAAGUGUUUGUGGCUCAUGGAGGAACAAACGGAGUCCAAGAAGCUCUUUAUCAUGGAGUCCCAGUUGUGGGUCUUCCCUUGGGAUUUGACCAAUAUGACAACCUGAUCCGACUUAAAGAGAAAGGAGCAGCUAAGAUUCUUUCGUAUGCUACAGUGGACAAAGACAACAACUUCCUAAAAGCUAUCCAGGAGGUCCUGACUGAAUCUUCCUACAGGAUGAACAUGCAGAGACUCUCCAGGCUGCACAGAGAUCAGCCAAUAACACCAAUGGAUAACGCCCUCUUCUGGAUCGAGUUUGUCAUGAGACACAAAGGUGCAGCUCACCUGAAACCAGCAUCACUCAGAAUGUCCUGGUAUUCCUACCACUCUGUAGACGUAGCUCUGUUCCUGGGUGGAGCUGUGCUGCUCAUGCUUCUAUCUACUUUCUUCUUGAUUAGGUGUUUGUGUAAUGCAAUGUGUAAACCUAAAGUGAAAUGUGAGUAAUGAUUUAAGGGAUGUACAGACGGGUGACAAAUUAAACCAACUGGACCUCUCUUUUAGGUUUGGCAACCAUAACAGAACCACCACAUCUUCUCUCUAUAGGGCUCAAGCAUUCAGGCCUGGACCAUUUUCUUAGUGCACACCACUAGGGCAAGACCUGAAUAUUCGAAUAUUCAGUCAUUGUGGUGGCAUCUGAAUAUUAAUUUUGAGAUCUGAAUACAGUACUCUUAAGCUCCUGCCAUCCAUUCCCCAGCAAUGAACCCUCUUUUAGGGUCACUUCAAUCUUUCCUUCUUUCAAUUGUGGUAGAAAACCAGAAGCAACAGAAGCAACUGGGUCAGCAUUUUUACACAUGCAACAAAUUCUGACUGGAUGUUAACUACUUCAUUAUGAAUCGUAACACGUGUGUUAGUUGUGUUUCUCCAUUUUCAAAUUUAGGUUUUCCUUUUAUGUGUCGCCUGUCUGUACAAUUUGUAGACAAAUUCGAUUUUAAAAAUUCAGUGCCAUCAAAAAAUUGGAUUUAUCAUGAGAUUAUUAUGGGAUUUGUGAGUGAAUUUGCUCAAUAUUCAUAUUGUAGUAAAUUAUUUGGAUGAACUAAAUGGAUGUUGUGACCAUCUUCAUAAUAACACGGUAGAAAUGAAGCAGAAGGAAUGAAUGUACAUUAGGUUUGAAAUUAUUUGUCCCAUUGUGGAUAUUUAUACUCAAUGUGGUUGGUAACGGACUUUGUGUGUUGGGAUGGCUUGUGGAGACUGUAUUAUUUAUAGGUGGCUGAAGACCCACUUGGCAGUUAUGAAAAAUGAUUGGCCUGGAGCUCCAGACCUGCUCUCACCCCUGGUUCCCCACACCUUUUGAACUGUCGGAUUGGCCCACAACCACAACUCCUCUUCCCAAAAAAUCCCAACUAUCACCACACGUGAUAGAAUCUGCAACCAAAUUUUCAGUCAAGAAAGUUGGGAUUUAACAUGACCAGUUUACCUUGGUACCUCUUGAGUUGUUGUGUGCUCUGUGUGGUCCAUAGCUUCCGUAGCCACUGAGGGGUGGUUAAACAAAAAUUAGAGCUUCUGUUAGCAGCUGCUAUUUUGGUGAGGAGCUACCAGUAUUGGUGAAGACUGUAGCUCCUGUUAGCAUCCUGCUAAUUUUGGUGAGUAUGUGUUUUGUAGAGACUGAAGGGUGGUGAUUUGUGUCUUUUGUUUCAUUGGAAAUGUUUGUGUUUUGAGGCACCGUUUUUAUUUAGUUAUUUGUAUGCACAGGACACAUUUGUGUUGUAUUAGUUUCAGUUGGUUUUAUUUCAUUCUUUGAUUUAGCAAGAACCCAUCUCUUGUUUUCCUUUGUUUGACCACUUUUGUGUUACUUCUGUCACUGAGCAAUAAACUACUUUAGCAAACCAA